CUCUAUAUAAUCCUCCCCUGCGAUUAUCACGUUGCUGCAAAUUUCUAGGGCUCGAACUCACCAAAGGGGAGAGAGAUAGACGGGGAAGAAGAGCGUGUCUACUCAAAUCGAUAAUGGCGGAAGAUGAUUACGAUGAUGUCGACAUGGGUUAUGAAGAUGAGCCACCGGAACCAGAAAUUGAGGAGGGGAUGGAGGAGGAUCAGGAAAAUAACAACGAAGACGUCCCAGAUGAUGUUGUUGGUGAUGCUGAAGAAAAACAGCAAGAAAUAGUUGAACGGCCUAGAAAAACAUCGAAGUUCAUGACAAAGUAUGAGCGUGCUAGAAUCCUUGGUACACGGGCUUUGCAAAUUAGCAUGAAUGCUCCAGUGAUGGUUGAGUUAGAGGGUGAGACUGAUCCUUUGGAGAUUGCGAUGAAGGAACUUCGUGAGCGCAAGAUACCGUUCACCAUUCGACGAUAUUUACCGGAUGGGAGCUACGAAGAUUGGGGAGUCGACGAACUGAUCGUGGAGGAUUCCUGGAAGCGACAAGUUGGCGGUGAUUAAGCCAAUGACUUAGAAACCCUAAGACUUGUCUAAGUUGGGAUUAGAUCAGUUCUGGUGGAAGUAUUAACAUAGUGAUGUGAUGUCAGUCUUUCUAGCACUUUGUUUUGUAUGAUUGCAACGUCAGAGGUUGUUGACUUGUGGUGUAUGUUUAGUUUAAAAUAUCUUAAUUCUUGAAAAUAUAGUUAAUUUUGACUA